UUGGAAUUACGUUUGUUUGAAAUCAAACGGCAACCGUGACCCGUUGGUUGCUGAGUGCGCCCGAAUUUCCCGCAAUUCCUGUCAUGCCCGAUCAGUUGUAGAGACGUUCGGGAGCAUCUACGUUUCGUCGCGGAACGCGAAGAAACCGGGACGGGCGCGCGCACGUUGUUAUUUAUCACAGUCUUUUAUUGUUACCCGGUGUCUCGUCCCGGCGGUGGAGUCUCACGGUUCCAUACACGUUGUUGACUGAAUUUCGUGCGUGAGGGAUAUUAUCACGCGAGUCACGGCGAUAAUGGCUACAAUCAGGAUACACCAGGAGGAUCAGGAGAAUCGCAUUACCGGCGAUUUACGCGGACGCGGGAAGGAGAACCUUGCCGCCACUACCACCGCCGCUGCUACCGUGAACACACAAACACAAGUGUUACACCAGACGAAACGCGCCGUCCUCGGAGUCCUGCACAACAAUUGCCCUCGGAACGGGACGAAGCCUCAGGAGAUCUACAAAGAUGAGAAAUAUGUCAAAGCUAAACCAUUUAUACCUAUGCAAUCGGAGUCUUUCAAAAUUUAUGAAGAAGACUUUUGUAAGAAGGAGGAACCAACCUUCAAAAUUUACGAGGAUAAAUUAGAAGAAGAGAGAUCUGUCGCUCUUAGAAACUCAAAGGAGAACAAGGAAGUAAAAGAAACAAUAGCAAAAUCCGAUAAAGAACAGCCAAGAUUAGAAAUACACACUAUAGAUAGCACUUCUACUUAUCUGUUUUGUAAUAAGAUCGAAGAAGUCGAUCAAAAAAAGAAGGAUGAUAUCUUAUCGAAAGAUAGUCCCAUGUCCCUGGGAAUGUCAUUGGAGAAAUCUCUCACAUAUAGCAGUUCUUCCAACGAGGAGUAUAGACUCAGAAGAGAAUGUAAUAAGGAAUUGAGAAUUAAUAUCUUUGAUGUAGAUGAAUAUAGAGCUGAUAUAUACAAUUAUUUACGAACAUCAGAGUUACUACAUAGACCAAAGCCUGGUUAUAUGAAGAAACAACCUGAUAUUACAUAUUCAAUGAGAUCUAUAUUGAUAGAUUGGCUUGUAGAGGUAGCUGAAGAAUAUCGAUUGCAGGACGAGACGCUUUACUUGGCCAUUUCAUAUAUUGAUCGCUUUUUAUCGUACAUGAGUGUUGUAAGAUCAAAAUUACAACUUGUUGGGACUGCCGCUAUGUUUAUUGCAGCGAAAUACGAGGAGAUUUAUCCUCCUGAUGUAGGAGAAUUUGUAUAUAUCACGGAUGAUACAUAUUCAAAAACACAAGUGAUAAAAAUGGAAAAUUUGAUAUUGAGAGUUUUAUCGUUUGAUUUAACUAUACCGACGCAUGUCACAUUUCUUAUGGAAUACUGUAUCAGCAACAACUUAUCGGAUAAAGUUAAAUUUUUGGCAAUGUACUUAUGUGAGUUGUCAAUGCUGGAGGGAGACCCAUACUUACAAUAUUUGCCCAGUCACUUGGCUGCGUCUGCGAUAGCACUAGCGCGGCAUACGUUACAUGACGAGAUUUGGCCACACGAAUUGGAACUGUCAACUGGAUACAAUUUAAAAACUCUUAAGGAAUGUAUUGCGUAUUUGAACAGAACCUUCUCCAAUGCUCCUAACUUUCAGCAAACGGCAAUACAGGAGAAGUACAGAAGCAGCAAAUACGGUCAUGUAUCUAUGCUGUUGCCUCGUAGUACCGAGGCGGUAUCGUGCGAGGACGAAGAUGAAGAGGGAAACGCUUAGUAAAAAAAUAUUGCCAGACACAGGAUUAAAAUAAUUUUUUUCUGUGUCUUUACGUUGAUAAUUGAAUAACGAACCUCCCGAAACAGCUCUACAUACACUGAAAAUGGAGGAGGGGAUCAGGGCAAGACUUGAUCUGCCAUUCUGACAAAAUGGGAGAAAAAUCGUAUGAUUUAUUUCUUUCUGUUGGCUUGUUGCAGUCGGGUCGGUACAUUUUGCGAGAGCAAAUUGGUACCUGACUCUCCUACCUUCAUCGCACAUUAUCUUGUAUCAUCGUCUUCUUAUUAAGUCAUGGCCUAACGAAAAUUUUCAUAAUUUAGAGUUUCUUCAUAUCGAUGUGAAACUCUAGCCAAAAAGAAAGAGAGGGAGAAAGAGAGAUAAUACAUUAUCUAGAAAUUGUAUUUUUAUAAGUACUUUUUAGAGGAUUAAAACAAAUGCGAUACAUGCAAACGGCUAAAAAUUCGAUUGCAAGUAAACCGUUCCAAUAAUAAGAAUCGUAAAAAGCGAUUUUAUAUUUAUUAUUAUCGUUUUACCGUUAGGCAUGUGCCAUUUAACGGUAAAAACGACAUAUUCUGUUUGAGAUAUUUCAGCGAAAUUAAUUUGCAAUUAAU